AUGGAUGUACCGAUGCAUUCUUAUCAACUUGUGUUCGUCAGCAUUCUGUCUAUGGCUUGUCGCUGCUUGCCUGAAAGAUUUCUGGGAGAGCCACCUCAAAACCUACAAAUGGAAUCUUACAAUUUUCAGCACAUUUUGUCCUGGCAGGCAAAAAGUGAUCCAACUAUGCCAACAUACUAUCAUGUGCUGUUCAGUGACCGCAGGAACUGGAAGACUGCUGAACAAUGUUCAAACAUUACACAACUCUUCUGUAAUGUGACAGAUGAUUUUAGACAGGUGAACACUCAGUAUUCUGCAUUGGUUCAGAGCUUUGUAGGAAAUAAAGAAUUCAAUUCUUCUGUACUUCAUUUUUUGCCAGUUACUGACACAUUCCUGGGACCACCAGAAGUUAAUAUCAGUUCCUGUCUAAACUGUAUAAAUGUCACCAUAAAGCUGCCAACCUCUUACUUCAGAGAAAAUGGAAAGCUACUGUCUUUAAUUGAUAUAUAUGAAGAGCUUGAUUAUGAUAUAACACUGAAAACACUUGAUGGAGAGCAUAAGAGGCCACGUGAGCAAACCACUGAAGAUGUUUUUAAUACUGUCAUUGAAGAAUUGUAUCCAAAUAGAAAUUACUGUGUGUCUGUUAUGGUCACUGCGUCUCUAAACAAACAUUCCAUCCCAUCAGCCUGGAAAUGUGUAACUACAGACUCUGUAGCUCAACAAGAUUAUAGUACAGUUGUAAUCACAUGUGCUGCAUGUUUUUCACUGAUUUUCGCUGCUGUCCUGAAGUGUACACAUGCAGGAGGCUAUAUUCUUAAAAAUAAAUCACUUCCACAUACUUUGGUAUUCAUGAGGAGGUUAGCCUAUCCACCUUGGACAUUUGAAUCUGAAAAAAUAGCCUCUGUAGAGAUCAUUUACAAAGAGGUUAAAAAAAAGGCAAAUGAAUCCAGUGGUGGUAUCAGUGAUGAAGAUGAGAGUGAUGACAGUGAUGUCAUAAGUAAUCAUGACUAUACAAAGCGUGAUAUCUUAAAUAGAGUACCUCAUUCCUCUGAUGUGCCAGAUGUAUCCAUGCAGUACCCUACAAAUAGCGUGUGUGAUGACAUCAGCAGCCAGGCAAGCGAAAAUCCAGACACUGACCCAGAAGAUGUUGAAGAGCAGGAGCUGGGCAUUGAAGAAGAGAAAGUCACAAGUCAUGAGUUACUUAAUCCUUUCUCUGAGGCAAAUUGUAACUAUUCUUCAAGGCCAAGGGACGGUGCUUGCUUUACCAUUAACUUAAAAACCGUGCUGUUGGGAGCCUCUGAAGAGAAUGCGGAUAGUUCUGCAGCUCUUCUUUCUUCCCAAGAAGAUGCAGCUGAUUGGCAAUGUACUCAUGCUGUUGAAGCAAAACUCCUGGAUGACACAGAAAGUGUGCAGAAACCCCACUGUCAUAAUGACUCUCAUGAGUGGGAAAACUCUUCUCCAUCUUCUGAUGAAAGUGACUUAUCAGAUUCAGAUACGUACCAAAAAAAUGAAUACAUAAGAAGAUGA